CUUUUUAGUGUUGCUGACGAGACGCUGAUGAACCAAACCACAGCAUCGCCACAGCACUGUGGAAAUUAAAUGCCAAAUCUGUAGUGUAACAAGGCCAAGGGUGCCAUGGUUCUAGGAAUGAGACUGGAAAGGGAAGACUGUGAGGACACCUCUUUCGGAUGCUCAUAACGUCGAGGUGUUGUAUAGCUUCUGAGUAGCCUAGCUACAUAGCUAGGAAACACAAGGACCAUGCCUCUUUCAGACUUCGUGGAUGCCUUGAAGGACAACCCUUACUUUGGGGCUGGCUUUGGACUGGUGGGGGUGGGCUCGGCCAUUGCUGUGGCCAGGAAAUCAGCUCAAUUUGGGAUGAUCUUCUUCCGGAGGAACUACAUGAUCACCCUGGAGGUGCCCAGUCGGGACAAGAGCUACCACUGGCUGCUGAGCUGGAUCACCAAGCACGCCAAGCACACGCAGCACCUGAGUGUGGAGACCUCUUACAUGCAGCACGAGAGUGGACGGGUACACACACAGUUUGACUUCCACCCCAGCCCUGGCAACCACAUAAUCUGGUAUGGGAGGAAGUGGAUCCGAGUGGAGAGGACCAGAGAGAAACAGAUGGUGGAUCUCCACACAGGCACUCCCUGGGAGUCAGUCACGUUCACCGCCAUGGGCAGAAACAGAGACAUCUUCUUCAACAUCCUGCAAGAAGCCAGGGAGUUGGCCCUGAAGCAGGAGGAGGGUCGGACAGUGAUGUACACGGCCCUGGGCUCCGAGUGGAGGCCCUUUGGGUUCCCACGGCGACGACGGCCCCUCAGCUCAGUGGUCCUGGAAGAGGGCUUGGCCGAUAGGAUUGUAGAUGAUGUGAAGGAGUUCAUCGGAAACCCCAAGUGGUACACAGACCGAGGGAUCCCCUACAGGAGAGGUUAUCUGCUGUAUGGACCUCCAGGCUGUGGGAAAAGCAGCUUCAUCACUGCCCUGGCUGGAGAGCUGGGCUACAGCAUCUGCCUGAUGAGUCUGAGCGACCGCAGCCUGUCUGACGACCGCCUUAACCACCUGCUGAGCGUGGCGCCGCAGCAGAGUAUCAUCCUGCUGGAGGACGUGGACGCCGCCUUCGUCAGCCGAGAGCUGCUGCCCACCGAAAGCCCUCUGGCCUACCAGGGCAUGGGCAGGCUGACCUUCAGUGGCCUCCUCAAUGCUCUGGAUGGAGUGGCCUCGUCAGAGGCCAGAAUAGUCUUCAUGACCACCAACUUCAUAGACAGAUUGGACCCAGCUCUGAUCAGGCCGGGCCGUGUGGACUUGAAACAAUAUGUGGGCCACUGCACCCACUGGCAGCUCACCCAGAUGUUCCGACGCUUCUACCCAGCUGAGUCGGCCACAGAGGGGGACCGCUUUGCGGAGAGUGCGCUGGCCACCCACCCCAACAUCAGUGCUGCUCAGGUGCAGGGGCACUUCAUGCUGUUCAAAAUGGACCCAACGGGCUCCAUAGACAACGUGGCCAAGAUGAAGGAGUGAGGAGACUUAAAGGACUCUGGGAAGGAAGGUCACAGAAGAAGUCGUCAUUUGACAUGAAAGGAGAAGUUAAAGGGACUCUGUUUGAGAUGGAAAAUGCUGUAACUUCUCAAACUUUUUAUGUGCUUUUUUUAUUGCAAAGUCACAUACUGAAUAAAAGUGAGUGAGUGUAAAUGAAACAUGUUUUAAAUAAAAUCAAAGGCACAUGA